AUGGAAGCACACAAGAGUCCGGUGUUGGUGGUGGAGGGAAGAGCCGGGCUGGCUAAUCCACUCGAUGCGGCAGACACACGAACUGAGCAGGCAGCAAGCCACAGCGAGGAGGCUCUGAAAGAUGUUGUCUGUGGAUCUAUGGCUGGGGUUGUCGGAAAGUACAUCGAGUACCCUUUCGACACAGUCAAGGUUCGUCUACAGUCGCAACCAGACAACGUACCACUGCGGUAUACAGGACCAUUGGACUGCUUCAAAAAGUCACUUCAAAACGAUGGGUUCAUUGGAAUAUACAGGGGCAUCAGUGCGCCUUUGGUGGGGGCAGCAGUGGAAACAAGCGCUCUGUUCUUCAGCUACCGUCUUGCUGGAGAUGCCCUCAAAGCAUCUGGGUUCUAUCCUGAGUUGAAGAGACAUCCCGAAAGAGACCUGCCUUAUUCCGGGAUGCUUGGAUGCGGAAUGGUCGCUGGAGCCAUAACAUCACUCUUCCUUACACCAAUUGAACUUGUAAAGUGCAAGAUGCAAGUCCCUAUGGAGACUUCGAGCGGAGCGGCUGCUCGACCAGGCAUCUUAGGCGUUAUCACCUCAAUCUACCGUCACCAGGGCCUCGCAGGCUACUGGCAUGGGCAGUUUGGAACGUUCAUACGCGAAACUGGAGGCGGCGCAGCAUGGUUCGGUGGCUAUGAAGGCAUGAAGAUGGUUUUCAAAGACCUAAACAAAUCAGACGAUGAUCUACCCGUGUGGCAGCGCAUGGUGUCUGGUUCUGUGGCUGGCGCAGCCUACAACUUCAUGUUUUACCCUGCAGAUACAGUCAAGUCGAGGAUGCAGACUGAAGACGUCAAGCAGCUGACUGGUGGGAGGUCAACAUUCAGCGCUGUUGGAACAGCGCUCUGGAAGCAGCAUGGGCUGAAGGGCAUGUAUCGGGGAUGCGGGAUCACGGUUGCCAGGGCGAUACCCAGUUCUGCCUUUAUCUUCACGGUUUAUGAGGAGUUGAAGAAGCGCAUAUGUUGUCCUGACGUCCAACAGUCUGCGCUCGAGAAGAUAAUUCUGAAUCCAAAGUACCACGACAUCCUCACGCUGGUGAAAGGCGUACGGAAUGGCGUCGUAUAUGGCGCCAAAGUGCGCUUCCCACACGCGCUUGUUAUGAUCGUCCUCUUCCGCUCCGGAACCCUCCGCUCGAAAUGCUCCCUCGUCUACAAAGCCACGCGCCAACACGCCCGCAACCUCGGCCUCUUCGCCCUAACCUACAAAUCCUCCAUGCUCUUCCUGCGCCACACAUCUCCCACAGGCAAAGAACGCCACUACGAUUCCUUCCUCGCGGGCCUGCUCGGCGGCUACACGGUUUUCGGGCGCACCAUACACAACUCCGUGUCGCAGCAAAUCGUCAUCUACGUGUUCGCACGCGUAUGCCUCGCGCUUGCGAAGCUCGCUGUGCAACCGAAGAGCGUACCUACAGGGAAACACAGUGGGGGGUGGGGGCUUGUGGGUGAUGGGGAGUUCAGGAGAGAGGUGGUCAGAAAUGGGUGGCCAGUUUUUGCGAGUCUGAGUUGGGCCAUGGUUAUGUAUAUUUUCAGGUGGCAUCCGGAGGCGGUGCAAAGCAGCUUGAGGAGUAGUAUGAACUAUAUUUAUGUACAGUCUGACGAGUGGGAUUCGCUGCGGACAUUGCUUUGGCACAACAAAUAA